CCUAUAUAGGCCAGUCCGUGCAGAGUACUCGAAGGCUGCAUUCGAGUGUUAUAGUUAAAAGUGGUGUCUUGUACUGUAUCAUCGCGUCGUGAUGGACCGGCUUCUGUGUUUUCUAGUCGUAUUUGUUGCUUCAAUUGCAGGAAUACUGGCAGCUCGAGAUUCGUCAUGUCCAAGAAUAUGUACCCCACAAGGUUAUGGCGAUCCUGUAUGUGGUUCGGAUGGGCUUAUCUAUCCUAACAUAUGCGAACUUAAAAAGAAGACUUGUGGGAGAGGUGUUACACUAGCAAAAGAUCCAAAACUUUGUAUGCGCUCCUCGGACUCCAAAUGUGAACACAGAUGCGGAUCGGAAAAGGAUCCUGUGUGCGGAACGGAUGGGAGAACAUACUUAAACCGUUGCAUGUUACAAGUGGAAAUAUGCCGGAUCGGAAUUAACUUGUCGCACUUAGGCCCUUGUAAUAAUAUUAGCGCACACCGGGAGAAUUGUCCAGUAGACUGCAAGCAAGCACCUCAAGAUGGUCCCAUUUGCGGAAGCGAUGGGAACGUUUACAAAAAUACGUGCCAAAUGAAGCUCUUAACUUGCGGACAAGGCGUAGUACGAACGAAUAAAAAAUACUGCCAAACUACCAGACAUUGCCGGGAAUCGUGCUGGAGAAACGCCAGACCUGUUUGCGCUUCCGAUGGAAAAAUAUAUUCGAAUAUUUGCAGAAUGAAAUCCAAAAACUGCGGCAAACACGUGUUCGAAGUACCAAUGGCUUUCUGCAGCAGCCAAGAGCGAACCUCGCACAGUUUGAGCUGUCCUUCAGGGUGCGCUAAUGAAAUUGAGAAAGCCACUUGCGGUUCGGAUGGCAACAUAUACAAAAAUGAAUGUGAGAUCAAACUGUUGAAUUGCGGGUCAGUUAAGUGGAACUUCCUCCUUUCUUAUUCAUUGCAUGCUUUACGUUUCAGAUCUUCGAAAAAAGUUACAAAAGUUGAUUUGGAUAAAUGUCAGGCCAAAAUGACAAAAUGCCAUAAAGUCAAAUGUUCGGCGGAAUCUGACCCCGUCUGUGGUUCUGACGCCAUAACCUACAUGAACCAGUGUCACCUAAAUCGGGCGACUUGUCUUAAAGGUGUGCAAUUUGCUCAUCUUGGAAACUGUACUACAUUAAAAGAAGUUAAGCCAUGUCCUAAACAGUGUAAUGAUGUAUCUGAAGAACCGGUGUGUGGGUCGGAUGGUAAUGUUUAUAAGUCACUGUGUGAGAUGAAAAAGGAAACUUGCGGACAGUUGGUAAUAGAAGUUCCUCUCCACCAUUGCAAAACGACAGCUUCUUGUAAUGUUGACUGUGACGAACAGAAACAGUUCGUCUGUGGGUCGGACAAUAAAUUUUACAAGAACGAGUGUGAAAUGAAACGUGAAAAUUGCGGCAAGCAUAUUUACGUCGUUCCAAUAAAGAGGUGUCUGGCUGGUUUCGUAUUCAAAGGUUGUCAAAAAAUCUGUCCGACAUACUACGAGCCAAUCUGUGGCACAGACAAUAUGACUUACAGUAAUCAGUGCUUCCUAGAAAUGGAAAACUGUAGAUCACGAUCACUCGUCACUAGGAAGUCUAUGGGAACUUGUACUGAACCGAUCGAUGAAAUUCCUAAGAAUUAUUUGUAUUGAGUAUGAUGUGCGCUAAAUUAUUAAUCGGACUUUCGUGAAUCUCAUCAUUUGAUAAGGCUUAAAAUGUUUAUAAAAUAUUGAAGUAUUAGCAUUUGGUAGUUACGGUGAAUAAUUUAUUUAUAAAAUGUGCCAAUUGCCAAUAUAGAUCAACGAUUACCUAUACAUAAUAACCAUUAUGCCAAUUAGUUGAUAAUUAUGAUAUUCCGAGCUGUGUGUCUAUAUUUAUUUUAGUUAUAAGGCUGUAAUAUGAUUGAAAAUAAAUUUAU